AAAAAAUAAAUAAUGAAAUUCACAGCACUGCAAUUUUCGCAUCCAGAAUCAGAACAUACCACAAGUAGAUUCUCAUUCUGCAGCGUAGGAGCUUACAGAAAGAAGCAUCCCCUCCUCAAGAAACCUUCAAACAGCCAACAGAAAUAAUCAGUAUCCAAUCAGAAAAAAAUAUAAAGCAGUAGGAGGAGGAAGGUAGAAAAGGAAGCUAAAAGAAAAGAGAAGAAAAAAAAAAAAGCAAAAAGAGGAAGCAACGAUCUUUAUCCCUCUUCACCGUUCAGUCCACCACUUCAAAUAAAAUGCCCACCAUUCCUUUCAGGACAGCACCACCAACACCGCCGUGCCGCGGCCUCUCCUCCUCCACGACCUCCUCUCCCUCCAUCACUCUCCGACAAAGCCCAAACUUUCACUUGUCUUUAUUUGGGUUCAAGCCUAAGCGCUUCCAUUUCUUGAAGCCAUGCUCUUCACUGCGACAAACUAAGAAACAACAGCAGCAGACCCUUACAAAGGCCCCAAACAAUGCGCCCCAAAGCCUCAGGAGAAUCUUGAAUUUCAACCCAAGAGGUGAAAAUGACGAAAAUAAGGAUGGGAAUGCGACUGAGGGUGAUGGCGGAGAUGACGCAGCAAUUAAAGGCACAAUCUUGGCAGGGCUUCUGCUUGUAGGUGUUGUUGGUGGAUUUGGGACUGUUGGAUAUAUAUACAAGGAUCAGAUCAAUGCUUUUUUAACCCAGUUUUCUGGCUUCAUUGAAGGCUAUGGGCCAGCUGGAUAUGCUCUUUUUGUUGCAGUUUAUGCUGGAUUGGAAAUACUUGCAAUACCAGCCAUCCCAUUGACUAUGUCUGCUGGUCUUCUGUUUGGCUCGGUCACUGGGACUAUCAUUGUCUCUAUUAGUGGCACAGUGGCAGCUAGUGUCGCAUUUCUAAUUGCCAGAUAUUUUGCUCGUGAGCGAAUUCUUAAGCUAGUCGAAGGAAACAAGAAAUUUCUUGCAAUAGACAAAGCUAUUGGGGAAAAUGGUUUCCGGGUUGUUACUCUUCUUCGUUUAAGUCCAUUGCUUCCCUUUUCUCUGGGAAAUUAUCUAUAUGGACUUACAUCUGUCAAGUUUGUUCCUUAUGUAUUAGGAAGUUGGUUGGGUAUGCUUCCAGGAACAUGGGCAUAUGUGAGUGCUGGAGCAUUUGGGCGGGCAAUAAUUCAAGAAGAAUCUGAGAUAGGGUUAAGUGGAGGGAACGGUCAGCUAUGGACACUGGGACUAGGGCUGUUAGCAACGGUGCUGGCUGCAACUUACGUGACACGGCUAGCUAAGGAUGCCAUCAAAGACAUUGAGUAGACGGAGGCAUACCAACGAUGCUGUGGCUUAUCCGCGAUAUAGUUUUGACAUGUAAAAUUGAUAGAGAUACAUCACAUAUCAUCAUCAUCAUGUAAAUCAAGAUUGACAGACAUGGUGCACCCAACUGUAUAAGAAAAUUUUUAUGCAUCACCGUUUCCGUUUUCCUAGUUAUAGAAAUUUGGCUGCUCUGCAAACGGCUAAUCUUUGUUUCU